AAGCCCUUGCUUGGAUUUGUGCAUCACAGUCUCGUCAUGGGGGUGGCAGCCUGGAAAGGUGGAGUCAAGGAGGUGAAUGACACAAGAAAGCGUGCAGAACAGUCAGUGGGGAAAGCAUUUGCACGGUCAGGAGCAACUUAGUGCAAUUUGGGGGUGAAAAAACAUUUCCAGGGGUCAAGCAAGGAAACGAAGACGGAGAGCGCCGAGGGACACUCGGUUGUAUGGCACCUCAGGUGUGCGUCAUGAAUCCUGCGCAGGGAUCGCCACCUUCGGCCGCACCGGGGGACACCCCCGCGGAGGAACGCGCCUCUGGGGGAUCCAAAGCCGAGAAGCUCGACGCGUCGCCGGUCGUCAGGUGGAAAGGCAAAAGCGUGGAUCUGCCCUUCAGCGUGGCGUCGCUCAUGUCGGACCGGACGCACGCGAGAAGCCGACAAGCCGCGGAGGAAGAGGACGCGGGGCGCGCGUCGCCCGCGGAACUUCAUCGCUUCAAAGGGGAACAUGUCGACGAGAAGGGGGGCAGCCCCCGGUUGCAGCCUGCCUACGCGGCGUCACCUCCCAGACUCCCCAGCCCGAGCCACUGCAACCUGCGCAAACACAAGAACAACAGGAAACCCAGAACUCCCUUCACGAGCACUCAGCUGCUGUCCCUGGAGAGAAAGUUCCGUCAGAAACAGUACCUGUCCAUCGCCGAGAGAGCCGAGUUCUCCAGCUCCCUCAGCCUCACAGAGACGCAAGUCAAGAUCUGGUUUCAGAACCGCAGAGCCAAGGCCAAGAGACUGCAGGAGGCCGAGCUGGAGAAACUCAAGCUGGCCGCCAAGCCGCUGCUGCCGGCCUUUGCCUUCCCCUUCCCCCUGAGCGCGCCCAUGGGGGCGCCGGCCCUCUACGGGGCUGUCAACGGCCCUCGGCCCGCACUACCGGUACCGGGACUAUUCGGUGGACCCUACGGGAUGUACUACUUGUCUUAACAACAAAUCACAUUGGACACAUUUGUGUGAGUGUGUGCCUUUGCCUUUCAAAUGACCUCCUCGGCCACAAAGCAACAAACGUCUUGGGGAAAAAAACUAUAUGUGAGAAUAUUUAUUUAGUUAAAAAAAAAAUCCUCAUAAACAUUUGUUUCAAAUAAUACAAGCAAUGAAAUACAGUCAUUAUAUAAUUUUACAUUUGACCGGUUAAAUUCACAAUUUUCCAGUGUAAAAAGUGUAUUUAAAAAGAGCGACAGGCACAACUUUUAAAACUUGUUGCAAACAAGGUAUGUUUUAUCACAAUUAUAAUUCUGAAAAAAAUUGUCAUUUAUAUAAGAUUGAUAGUUGAAAUUGCAAAACUGAUGUCAACGUGAAAUUAUUCAACGAUUCCUUGUUUUCACUUUUACACUUAUGCAGUGUAUUUAUGUACAGACUGUGAACAUGAUUUACAAGCCAAAAAUGUAUCAUGUGAUCUUCCUAAAAAUUGUAAUCCAAAGAUAAGUCACCAGACCAACAACUUGCAAAAAGCAAAAAAUGUAUUUUACUUUAAAAUGCACCCAAUUUUUCCAUGUGCAUGCAUGUAAAUCAUUUUGCAAAUCAGUAUGUUCUUUUUCGCCAUUGACUUUUAAAAUGAAAAUCUACUUAAAAUUUUUUUUUGGGGGGGGGGGGGGUGAGUAGUUGUUUGAAAAGCUUUUCCAAGCAGGCUCGUUGUACCCAGUAAAAACAAAGUUGAGAACGUAUUUUAUACUCAAGAGUGAUCAACAGUGUAUUUUAUAAUUGUUGACUGAAAACGCGUUUUUGGAAAAUUAAAGUCUAUAUUACGAA